AUGAAGAAGCACUGGAACAAGCUGGCACACGAGAGCGGCGAGGACGACACGGACGUGGGCCACCUGGUGAGGCAGCUGGGCAGCCCGCUGAGGUCGCGGCGGGAGCGGGCCCUGGCGGGCCUUGCCGGCAUCGCGGAUGACCCCGCCAAUCAGCUCAUCAUGGCCCAGGGUGGGGCCGUGCGCACCCUUGCCAAGGCGGUGUCCAGGGAGGAAGGCGAGGCGCAAUGCCACGCCCUGCGGUCCCUGUCGUGCCUGGCGUCCGGCCAGGGGCAGAUCCGGGGGGAAAUGAUCGACGUCGGAAUCGUGAACGCGAUGGCGGGGCUGCUGCGCGGCGUGGACGCCCAGGCGCGGACCUGCGCGGCGGAGGUGCUCGCCAACCUGAGCUGCGAGGACAGGGGCAAGGAGGCGAUCAUUCGGACAGGGAUUGGGGCCGUGCUGGCGCAGAGCGUGUCCAGCGGCCAGGCGCCCAUCGAGGAGUCGGCGCUGCGCCUGGUGGGCAACCUGCUGAUCUACAAUCCGGGGUUCGCGGUGGAGAUUGCCGACGCCGGCCUGGUGGGGCGGCUUGUGAAGGUGAUGCAGGUGGGCAAGGGGCUGUCCAGGCGGUGGGCGGCUAGGGUUUUGGCGCUGCUGCUGGAGGGCAGCGACGAAAGGAGGGACCAGGUGAUCGCCGCGGGCGGUGUGGGAGCGUUGCUAGCCGCCGUGCUGCUGAUCGGGCAGGACUGGGAGAGGGCGGAGUGGGCCAUGCAGUCUCUGGCGUGCGUGGCAGGGUGCAGGGCGGGCAGGGCGGCGAUCAUUGAGGCACGGGGAGUGCCUAACAUCGUCCGCACGCUGUCCAGCAACGUCGGUGGGUGCAGAGACAGCGCGGCGCGGGCGCUGGCGUACAUGGCGCUGGUCGACGACGCCGAGAACAUGAAGCACAUGGAGGAGGGGAUCCCGGCGCUGGUGGCGAUGGUGCAGUCGGGGGCGGAGGGCGUGAAGAAGAGCGCGAUCGCGGCGCUGGGGAACAUGGCGCGCAGCGGGGCUGCCGCCCAAGAGGCCGUGGCCAAGGGGGGGGCUGUGCAGCCCAUGGUGUGGGGCCUGGCGAGCACCGACGCCGCGAUGCGGUCCACGAUGCUCGGCAGCCUGGACGCCGUCACGCGCGAAAACGCGGCCAACAUGCUGGAGGCGUUCCAAGGCGGGGCGAUCCCUCCGCUGAUCAGGAUCCUGGGCGACGAGGGCGCGGCCCCGCUGCACAGCCAGGUGCUGACCCUGCUCGCGGGGAUGCUGUCCCACUGCCCGGACGCCCGCCCGGCAUUCACCCUGGCCGGCGGCUUCGACGCCGUGAUCAGGUUCCUGCCGAUGGGCAACCCCGACAAGUGCGGGCCCGCGAUGCGGCUCCUGUCCGUGCUGGCGGAGAGCGAGGAGCUGCAGGCGGCGCUGGUGGCCUAUGACGCGCUGCCGAUCGUCUCCAGGGGCAUCCGGUCGGGCGACGCGGGAGUGCAAGCCAGCGCGCUGGCCCUGCUCGCCGCCGUGGCGCGCUGCGCCGACGGCAGCGACUCAUCAUUCCUCAGCAGCGAGGACGUGCGCACGGUUGUGGAACUCACCCGGUCGCAGAGCGACGUGACGUGCCGCCAGGCGGCCGCCACGCUCGCCGGCCUGUCGUCCUGCUCGCUGAUCUACAAGAGCCAAGUGGCCGCCUGCGGCGCGGUGCCGGCGCUCGUCGACCUGCUGGCGUCGGGGUGCGUGGAAUGCAUGGGCCAGGCGGCGCGCGCGCUGGGCGCCCUGGCGUCGGGCAGUUCGGACAAUCAGGCCGUGAUCGGCGAGGCGGGGGCCGUGCCACCCCUGGUGUUCAUCCUUGGGAUCGGAUCCCCGGAGUGCGCAGAAGCGGGGGUGACCGCGCUGGCUGAGCUUGUCCGCGGGAGCUCUCCAAAUUUGACGCGCUUGGCAGAGCAGCGCGCCGCGGGCACGUUGGCAUCCCUGCUGGCCGCCGGCGCCCCGGGCUGCCAGGACAAGGCCGCCUACCUGCUGGCCCUGCUCUCCAGAUCGGUAGCGGCGGACUCCGACGACUCCCUGACGGCCGGCGUGAUCACCGACAUGCUGACCCACCUGCAGGGGAUGCUGGUCAGCGGCGGGCACGAACGGGAGGCCCUGGGCCUGCGCGCGCUCCAGGACUUCGUCUGCAGCAGCCGGGCUUCGGAGGAGCUGCAUGUUCGACCAAUAAUCGGCGCCGUGGGCAUGCUGCUGGUCUCGGAGGACAAGGCGGUCAGGGAGGAGGCCAGGGAGGUCCUCGAGCGGCUGGCGCAGAGGUCCCGCGACCUGCCCCUGGAGGACGUGGAGGUGCCCCUGCUGGUGCCCUUCAUCCGCAACGGCAGCCCGUUCGUGUGCGAGAAGGCCCUCGACGCGCUGACCGAGAUGGUUCGCAAGGGGGACCCGUCCAAAGAGGGGGAGACCAUCAUCCGCAACCACGGCGUGGCCGCCCUGGUGCGCGUCCUGACCUUCGGGACCGAGGCGUGCAAAGUCAAGUGCGCGCGCGUGAUGGAGAUGCUGGUCCGGGGAUGCGAGGCGGCGCAGGCCAGGCUGGUGCAGGAGGGCGCCGUCCGGCCCCUGGUGCACAUGCUGGCUGUGGAGGGGGAGGAGUCCCAGGCGUCCGCGCGGGGGGUGCUGUCGAUCCUCACCGGGAAGGACGUGGGGGCGAUGAGCCCCGAGGAGCGGAGCACGGUGGUGAUGGAGCUGCUGACGGCGCGGCGGGCGGCCAGGGGCGGCGGCUCGGCGGAGGGGCUGGCGGUGCGGGCCAGAGCGAUGCAGAGGGCCGGCUCGAUGGGGGUGGCGGACUCGGACGUGGGGUCCACGGGCGAGGAGGAUGAGGACUCGCUGCUGAGCCCCGUUUCCACCGCCUCUGGUUCCCGGCUGAGGAUGAGGGACCUGCCCGACCUCGUCCUGUGCCCCAUAACGCAGGAAGUGAUGACCGACCCGGUGAUCGCCGCCGAUGGACACACCUACGAGAAGGCGGCCAUCUUGUCGUGGUUCUCGAAACACACGACGUCGCCUAUGACUAACGAGGAGCUACCCAGUCUGAACGUCAUACCCAACCAGACGGUCGUUCAGCUCAUCUCCAACCUCCGGCCAGGGCUGGGAGCACCCAGUUGA